CGGUGAUGAUGAUGAUGAUGAUGGUGAUGAUGAUGGUGAUAAUAAAAAUCUUCCUGCGUUCAUUAUUAUACACAGUAGCUUAAUAGGUAGAAUUGCCAUUUGUGUAUUCGUGCCUAUUUUUCUUUGUGCCUGGUUGGACUGGGCCUACACGCUGUAUGAGCUGCGUAUGUCCUGGUAUGUCUCCACAGGGGGACGUGGACACUCCUGCACUGAGACUUUACCCACAAACAAUAGGCUGCACACAUGGCCAUGGUACAUUCCACAAGCAAAUUUCUGAAUUUGAAAUUCAUGCAAUCUUCCACAAUAAGACACCCCGGAUGACGUCAUUAAGAGUAAUAAUGUAAUGAAAAAGAAAAUGUCAUGAGUCGUAUUUUCUACAGUGUAUUUAACACCACUGAACUGUCACAGAGACAUGACCGGGGCUGGUCUGGGGCCAGCGGAGAGCUGGGAUUCAGUUGGAUGUCGUGCAGGGGUGUGUUGUGGUCCGCUUCUGGGAACUGGAUUUGGGAAAGAGGGUUAUCUGCAGCUGAUAAGGGCCACAUUUAAAAGGCUGGGUUAGGAUGAGACGACUUGACUUCACACAGCUUACACAGGACCUGACACAUCAUGCUGCAGCUCGUGGUCACUGUAUCCGUUGCCAAUAUGUUUUUUGCUGUCGGGGUUGUUUGCAUGCCCCUACCGGACCAGGGGCCCCACAUCGCCCACGGCUGGGGCCAGGUGGUCCGGCUCAGGCACCUGUACGCCGCCAGACCGGGACUGCACCUACUGAUCAGCGGAGACGGACAGAUCCGCGGCUCUGCGGACCAAACUCUGCACAGUCUGCUGGAGAUCCGUCCGGUGGAUCCAGGCCGCGUUGUCAUCAGAGGCGUAGCGACGGCUCGCUUUCUCUGCAUGGAAGGCGACGGAAGGCUGUACUCUUCGCACACCUACAGCAGAGACGACUGCACCUUCAGAGAGCAGAUCCUGCCGGACGGGUACAACAUCUACGUCUCUGACAGACAUGGAGCCCUGCUCAGUCUGGGAAACCACCGGCAGAGGCUGCAGGAUCGAGACCGAGGCGUCCCAGCUCUGGCCCAGUUCCUCCCCAGGAUCGGCGACCCGGAUCAGGCCUCGUCCCCUGACCAGCCGGGACAGAGCGCGGCCCAAACAGAAGAACCCGUGGACACGAUGGACUCGUUGGGAAGGCUCUCUCAGAUCAUUCACAGUCCCAGCUUCCACAAGAGAUGAGACAGCAGCUCUGAGACAGCAGGAAAUAGACGUGUCCCGGGCUCCUCCCUGCAUGCUGCACGGCCGGGGACCGACUGCACACCCAGCCAGACUGCAAGCGCACUGCUUGCUGCGACAUGCCAGCCCUGUCAGCCAGACAUGACCGAACUGAACACGAGUGCAGUGUCCUACAGAGCGAACGGCACCUGUACUGAGUCUGAGUGUAGUGUUCCAUCCUGGCUGUCAGUAACAGCCUUUACAUCUUUACAUUUACUGAACCAACACCCAGGGUGCGCUCGUUCUACCCCCCCCCCAAAAAAAAAAGCCUGUGGCACACAGGGAGGGGUGGUUUGUUUGGAAUAAAGAGAGGGUGACAUGACCAGUAACCAUGUAGUAGAUGAAGAGCAGCGCCCACAGAAACAUGAAACGUUAGUCCCACUGUCUGAUUGUAGGAAGUGCAGUGCCACAUGAAGGAGCACCAAAAACGGGACUCUGCUUAUUAUGACUGUUGCCACCUUACACAAAGUGUUUCUGUUUAGAAGAGACAACAAGCGGGUCUCAGACAAGAAUCUCAGGGUCUACAGAAGACCUGGCUGCCUGUAGCUGAGGAUCAGGAUGUAAGAUUAGGAUAGUAAGGUCAGAUGACUACUUUUCUUCUUGCAGUAGUGUAGGUGUAUUUAUUUGGUUAUUUAAAUCUCCAGCAGUUUGAAUGUGAAUACCUAUUAUGCUUUACUGAAUGCACCUCUGCAUUUACUGUAUGUGUUGAUGUUUCCUGUUACAUGUAAAGCAACUGUUUGCAUUGUGUGAUGUUUAAUUUGAUAGAAAAUGUUCAAGAUCAUAAUAAAGCUUCCAAGCAGGGUCACUGUGUGUUAUUAAGAUGAAAA